UUCUCUCCCUUCUCUUUCAUUUUAACCAAACAAAGCCUGAGCCAUGAAUCCUAGCUGCACGCGCACAGUUCAGUCACUCAAUCCCUCCCUUCUCUGGUCUUCCCUCAGUUCACCUUCUCCUUCGCCUUCGCGGCUUCACCAUCGCCUUCCCCUUCAAUCUUCACUCAAUUCGCCGUCUUCAACACUUCAUCUUGGCCGUCUUCAACUCUCCAUCCAAGACGUCUUCAACUCUUCAUCUUCGUCAUCGUCUUCACCUUUCCUCUUCGAUCUUUGCUCUCAAGAUUGGGGAAGUGGCUUAGGAUCUCACUGCAACAACUGUUGGAGGGGCAGCACAAUUGAUAUGUGGACACCCAUUUUACACCAUCAAGGUCAAUCUCCAAAGCCAGCCCGCACCAUCAAGUUUAAGGAAUGAUGUGUUAUUAUAACUCAUGCAUGCUUGAUUUAAAGUGUGGAACCGAAUCAGAACGUUGGUUGCUAAUGAUAGUUUUGUUAGCCUUUGAUGUAUUAUGGUACACCUAGCUAGUAAAGUAUUUAUAGUAGGCGACAGCCCCAUGCGCAGGCCAAUGCACGUGGAACGGAAGGAUAGAUAUUCAUGAGCAUUAUAUUCACGCUUGUUUCAUAGCUCCUACCAUGCUUGUUUUGUGGCUUCUAGUCGCGUGACUAGUUACUUAUUCUUAUGGACUGUGUGUCCACAUUCGAUUGGUUAUUUGUUCUUGUGGAUUGUAUGUCUACGCUUGUUAUCUAUUCUGAUAAAGUUUUACUAAAUAAAUUUUUAAAUUUCUUGUUAUUACACUAAUCCUAUAAAGCAAGCUGGUUUUUAGGACUGAUUUUCUUUAUAAUGAUAAAGCAUCUCCUAACUAUUUUUAACAUGAGCUUGAUAAAUAGAAAGUGAAUUUCUUUAUAAUGAUUGGAUUUUUGGGUUAUUGUGUUAUCAUUAUAUUAAGAUGUUUUUGGUCAAGUAAUUAAAUGAUGUUUGAGUUUUCCAUUUUGAUAUUCUAAAUGACAAUUUUAGUUAAAUGUAUGCCUAUUACAUUUACAUUUCUUUCUUUUAUUUUAUUAAAUUUUAAAUUUAGGGUAUAAUUCACUGAAAAAAUAUUUUUGAUCAUAGAUGAUAUGGAUCAACUUUUAUCUUAAGAUGUUCAUUGAGGCAUUUUAUCAUUGAAAGGGGAGUGGAAGAAUUAUUUUAGACAAAUCUCAUUUGAUGUAAAUUGAACUCUGUAUUAAUUAAAUGGUUUGGUUUAAGUGUUUCACAUUGGCUAUAGAUAGGAUUCUUAUCUUUCUUAUCAGAUCACAUAAUUAUUAGCAAGGA